AUAAGAUAACUAAUUAUCUUACGAAGUUGACGAAUAUUAAUUGCAUAUUAUAUCUUUGCAUAAUAUAUAUGCACAUGUAUGCGUAAAUCAAGAAGGAAGGCUAUAGAAAUGCUGUUCUAAUAAAUGCACUUAUAUGAUAUCAAAUUUGUUUAUAGUAUUAAUAUUAUAAAUAUAUACAUAUAUAAAUUAGAAAUAUAUUUAAUUUACUUUGUCAAUCAUCAUGAAUAAUACGAAGACAGGAAAUGACAAGAAAGAAACUAUAUUUUAUUCUCAACUUCAACCAUGGAGCACGGUGGGAGUACUUCCUUGCAUGGAACAAAUUGCUGGACCACCAAUUCCGGUCAGAGUUGGAGAAUUUUACAAAACACCCCGUCCACAUCCUUGGAGACCAACAUUGGGUUAUGAAAUUAUAGAAGCAUCACCCUUACCUGAGCAACCUAUAACGAAUCAACUCGUGGAUGCAUGCUAUAUGCCAGGCGGCAUGGCAACAGAAGCCAUGAAAUUUCCAAAUCUAGUAACCGGCUUUGAUAGAAAUCCUUCUCAUGCAGCACGUACUGCAUUAUACACAAGAUAUACUCCAUAUGAUUGGGUACAGAAUCAAAUCAGACUUUAUAAUGAAGCAAAUGCUAAUAGAAAUCAUUCAGAGAACUUACGAAAGGAUACUGCACGACUCAUGCGAGAAGCAGAUGAAAGAGUACAAGAAGGGCAAAUGGAUACAGGACGUAAAUUAGGUGAAAGAAUUACAGAUACUUCAUUUUGGCGAAAUGAAGUAAAUUCAGAAUUGCAAAGAUUGAUAAUCGAAAAUGGAAAAAUGCAAGAUUGUCGUCGAAAUUUACAACAAACAAUUCAAAAUCUUGAAGGACAAUUACACAUAGCUCAAGAAUGUCUCUAUUAUCGCGAAUCUCGGACAGGUAAUGAUUUAGUGCACGAUCAGGCUGAAAAUGCACUUCUUAAAGAAGUUGAAACUGUAAGAAAUUGUCAGAAGAAUUUAGAACAAUUUACAGAAAAAUGUAUAAACCAACUUUCUGAUGGCAGAGCAGUACAAAAUCAAUUAGAAAUUGAUAUAAGAAAUAAAGAAGUUGCACUUGGCAUUGAUACUAUGUGUCAUCAGUUAAACAAUUUUAGUCGUGGCUUACAAUAUUAUGGUGGUAUUGAAAAAUACGAUUCUAGUGUCACAGAAGCUGAGUCAUGGGCAGAAGCAUCAAAUAAUACAGUCAAAAAAUCCCAAUCUGAGAGAUCAAAGUCUAAUCAACUUCGAAAUAACAUCGAGAGUGCUAUAAAUGGAGUUGGGCAUGACAUGUGGGAAGCCUGGGGUGAAACUAAUAAUGCAUUAGGCAGAAGAGCAGCAGAAAUGCUAGAAGCAAAGGGGAAAGUGCAGUCACAUUUAUACAAAAUUCAAGAAGAACUUUUCUAUAUUGAAAAAAAUCUACAAUUGAUGCAGAAAGCAAUUGCAGAUAAAAGUAGUGCUUUAAAAGUCGCACAUACACGCCUUGAAGCCAGAUCACAUAGACCUGAAGCUGAAUCAUGUAAAGACUAUGCUCAACUUAGAAUGGUGAAAGAAGUAGAAACAAUAAACGCAAUGAUACAUGAUAUGAACUUGAAAUUACAAACUUUUGAAGCUCAACAUCAGCAAUUAUUGUCUACAAGAGCUAAUUUAGAAACAGAUUUAAAAUCCAAAGUAGAUGCGUUGUUCAUAGAUAGAGAAAAGUGUCUGGGUUUAAGACGAACUUAUCCAAUGGCAUCAGCUAUCAAAUUUUAA